UGUAUCAAUGAUUUUUAUAAGAACUUUCGCCGCAAGGGAUUACUGGGAUAUGUUGUUCAUAGAGUGUACCGCUGUGUACAAUUUGAUUGGAAGAUUUCGACUUUGCUUUCACUGAGUUUUCAGGUAUUUUCUUUCAUUAUGGAUGUUUUUCGCAUUUGUUCCRGUUGUCUUGUCAAAAAAUAUUCAGUUAGGAGCCCUACGAGGGUUUUUAUGAGUUGCUUUUCAAGUAGAAGAUUGAUAAAAAGACAGACGCGCCAACAGCGAUUCCACAGUACACAGUUUUCAGGUCAGAACACAGUAGAUGAAGAUGAAGUAAUUAAACUAAGUAAGAGUGGAAGUGACUGGUGGGAUGUCUAUGGUGAAUUUAAUGCACUUCAUUCAAUGAACAGGGUGCGCGUACCCUAUAUAAAAACAGCUAUAUUAGGUAAUAUUGGUGGCUACACUUCUAACCCUGGUGCCCCCCUCAGGGGUCUCAAGAUACUUGAUGUUGGAUGUGGUGGCGGCUUGCUAUCAGAGGCUCUAGCACGACUAGGUGCUAAUGUGACAGGUGUUGAUGCUUCAGCAAGAAAUAUCCAUGUAGCCAUGCGGCAUGUAUUCCAUGAUCCUUUGCUGUCUCAGAGACUCAGUUAUGAGUGUAUCACAGUAGAAGAACUUGCGGAUAGAGAACAGGAAGCAUUUGAUUGUGUGGUGGCAUCGGAGGUUAUAGAACAUGUAACAGAAAAGGAAUCUUUUUUAUCUGCACUUACCGCUCUUUUAAAGUUGAUCUAGAAACGAAGAACAUACAGGGUCUGUGCUAUAACCCUGUGACCUACAACUGGAGUCUCAUUGACGACCCAAGUGUCAACUAUGCUCUUCAUGCUGUACGCACCCCUUCUGUUGCCAAUGGCAAUGAUGAGCAAGUACAUUCCAACACAUAAUACCAAUAACUAGAAAUCAAGAUAAAUAAUUUUAAUUUUUCAUAAACCAACCCUCAAGCUCAUCAAAACAAGUGCAUAAUCUUUUCAAAAUAAGUUGUGUAAACUAUAAGCACGAAAAUUAAAGGUUUUCUAUUA